AUGCGGUCGCUGUAUCGGACCGUUGUGGUUACCAUAGAAACCACUGCAGACAUCCUGGAGAAGGAGGCCCGAGAGGCUGUGGAGGCGAGCGGAGAGGAGGUGAAGGAGUUCUCCAAGUCCCUGAGCCAGAGGAGCAGGAACACAGCCCAGAGUGUGGUCAGCAGCCUCAUGGGGGAACACACCAAGCAGAGCUGCCUGAACCAAACGCAGCAGAAGAUCAAGUCUUUCUUUGUCCUUUGCUUCGCUGAGAGCUGCUGGAAGAAGGUGCUAAGAAGACUGUGCUGUCACGUCCCACAGUCCUCUUCAUCCGUGGAGAACAUCCUAGAGGAGGCGUCGCCAGUGCUAAAGGAGCUGGUGAAGGAGGAGGCGCUGCAGCAGGAGCAGUGCCUCUACAGGAGACUGUCCCAGGACAUCCAAGACCGUCAGUUUGAGAAGCUGAGUGAGCACCUGGCUCAGAUCCUGUCAGACAACAUGGCUGCACAGGAGGAGCAGGAGGAGCUGAAGGAGGAGGUGCGCCCUCACGUGGACUCGUUCAUGUCCCGCCUAAAGACCUGGCUCCACCUCCAGCAGAGCCAGACGCCCCGCCAGGACCCGGUGAGACGAGCCCUGGCCAAGAUCCACACCCUGACAGUGUCCAUGGGGCAGCAGCGAGCUCCCAGACUGCCCCCUACACCUCCACCGCCAUCAGACGCUCGUGUUUCUGUGGCGGGCGCCGUGUGUGCAACCGAACCAGCAGCACAGACGCUCGUAGCUUCUGGUCCCAGUCCUGGCUCUGAAGAGUGGAACCGGUUUCACAUGGCGGGCCUUGUGUACGAGGUGGUGUCUCUGGUGUUGCAGACGGACAGGUUUGCGGAGCUGAAGUCUCUGUCCGAGGAUCUGCUUCAGGAGCUUCGUCCGGAGAUGUCGCGGUGGAACAUCAGAGUGAGGCCUGAUGUCUGCAGCAUCAGGGAGGCGGCCCGAGCAGUGUACAGCCACCUGUGCCAGGACCGGCAGAGGAACUGGGUCACUCUGGACGCCAUGAUCGGAGGGGACUACAUCGGAGUCAUCGUCCACCACAUACGCAAACAUCUCAUCGCUCCCACGGCUCUCCUCCCCUCUCCCUCUCCGGUCGUCAGUGAGGAGUGA